AUGACGGACGCAUCCAGGCUAAAAGGCACCAUCUACGUGGGCGGGCUCGAUCAGGCGGUUACGGUGCGGACGCUGAGCGAAGCGUUCAUCCCCUUUGUCGAGAUAACUGAUAUCUCGCUGCCGAAGCCAGAGCUGUCUUCGUCCACAGAUUUGCACCGGGGAUUCGGAUAUAUCGAGUUUGAGCUGCCUCAGGAUGCCAAAGAGGCGAUCGACAACAUGGACCAGAGCGAGCUGAGGGAUAUCUGGCUAAACACGCAGUCGGCGAGGAAGACCAGCUUGCUACAGGAGAAGCCAGCGCCAGCAACAACCGGCCUGAAGAUCCUAUGCAAGGUCUAG